CAGGGUUCAGCAACCAUUUUCGUCGGGUAAAACAUUUGGAUCGUUACACUUGGCCUUGAUUAUGUUUUAUGUAUCAAUUGGUUGUUGCGUAAACUAAGACGGAGAGAAAGACGUUCCGGUUUUGUCGAAAGUCAACCUAGUUACGCUAGCUAGACAAGCAAAACAACAAUCUCUCGGUGUGUGUGACGUUCUUCUUUCUUCUCUCCCCCGAUUUCCCUUCGCACAUUCUCGAGCGAUGAUUUCAGUUGUAAAUGGAGGUAAAAUGUAUAAACUCUAGUGUCAAUACCAAAUUGCGAUCAACUAUCGUACAUUUGCGUGACCAAUUGGACCAAUGCAAACAGCAAGUGCUUGAACUCAAUUCACUUCAAUUCGAGUUUCGGGCUAAACUCGGCUCGUUAUUGCGCAAAAUGGAGAAAGAAAACGUUCUGACCCAGAGAGUAACCCCUUGUGGUGUCACUUUGACAGAUACUGAGACCCAGACGUGUGAACUUCUUCCACGGAGAUGGAACUCUGAUCUCAGCCUGGAUCUUGAUGGCAAGUCAAAUGGGAAGCGAUAUCAAAGAGUGGAGAGGAGUGAUCUAGCUUCCUUCUGCAUUUCGUCAGAGGCCAUUGUGGCCCCUCCAAUUAUACGCCAACCCUCCCAGAAGAAAACAUCUUACAAGUCCAAAUUCACAAAUAGACUGGAUGUGAGCAACCAUGGAAUGGGCAAACACCAGGUGGAAAAUCUCUUGCUCUCUGACCUGGGUCUCACAAGCCAAGCUCCAGACUUCUCACAAAGUGAAUUCAACCUCAGCAGCGAUGACCACUGGUUGAAAGAGAAUCAGAAGCAGCUGGGAGGUAGAGUUCGAUUCCUCAGUCAUGAGGAUAAUCCAGGCGGUUUCAAUGAUGAAGAGGAAGAUUUGGAGGGCAUGAAGGACUUGCCUCAACAAAGCCAGAUAUUCCAUUCCCACAGCGGUAGCUGGGCAACAUUGACUCAUUCUGAACGUGAUUUUUCUGAGCUGGACUCUUGCCUCUCACUCAACUACCAAGAACGCACAGAACCCAAGUUCUUCACCAGCAGUACUCCCUACAAAAAUCUUCGUUCCAAAUUCAAGCAAAGUGUCUCUUUCCACGACUUGCUGCCAUCCAAAGCGACCCAAAGUAUGCCGAACUUGCAGAAACAAAACCAUUCCGGAGGGGAAAUCAACAAUUCGAACGCACGUCGAGCCUUGCCUCUGUCAUCAAACACAGACAUUAGCAACUCGAACAAACGGCAUUCCCUGACUAAUAUGGAGCAACGUCCUCACAGCUUCAACGCCACUCGUCGCUCUUCUCUUACGGGAGACAUCGAGAAUGGCCCUUAUGUGCCAUCGGCUAUUUCCAGUCUGUUUCUCGGCGGUCGAGUUAAGGCACUUCAUGGCGGUCAUUUAGUUGUUACUGGAAUUGUGUGGUACCGCGGGAAGCUGCCCGGUAUUACCGAAGAUAUUGUGGGUAUCGAGAUUGACCAAGUUGGACUUGGAGGCGAUGGCACUUUCCAGGGUCAUCGUUAUUUCCGCUGUGCUCCGGGUCGUGGACUGUUUGUGCCAUUCCGUAAAAUAAUUAUGGCCUGGCCUACUCAUCCGCAGUAAAAAAGAAAAAAACAAAAAAAGACGUGACUCGAUGAACGCCAAGCAGGUUCCGUCCUGGAAAGAUAAAAACAUAUAGAUUGUGUGCCAUGGUGCUAUUGAUAUUUUUAUUGCCCCCAAUAUCCAUCUAUCUAGUCGUUCGCCGAGUCGUCGUUCAAACAACAAACAUACUCUUUCUACUCUGGAAAAUUCAAUUACUUCUUCUUAACUGGGACGUCUUUAUUUUCUUUGCCCUUCUCUGUCGUCGCAGAUGUUAUUUUCUUGACAUGUCACCGUGAUGUCAUGCGCGGGGGGCAGCCAACAAUGGUAGCGGUUGGGAUUUCUGCGUUAAGGCGCGUUUGUUUUUUCAGUGGGAGAAUUGUCCCUGAUUCGUGAAAAGGUAUAACCGGCGACGGAAUUCUCCACCCAGAAUAAAGUUUUCGUGUUUGUCAAGGUGCCCCAGCGACCGUCUCUUUCCUCAAGUGAACGAUGGCGUGCUCCACCGUCAUCUUGACCUCCUUGUUAUUAUUCCGUUUCCCUGUUGGCCAUUUCGUGAAAUCUCCAUCAGAAAAUUCUUUUUUCUUCAUUCCGGAAAAACAAAAAAACUAGUCGACGUAGACGUUUGUUGUCCUCAAUUGAUCCAUCCUUUUUCUAAUUAUUUUUUUGUUGUUAUCCUGGGUGCUGAACCCUGGCCAACAUGUCCAUGUAGACCAUUUUUUUGGGGGGUAGACUGUUAAACCUUUUUCCCAUUCCAAAUUCGAUCUAGGAGAGUUUUUCAUGAUAUUCUACAUUUUCACAAAUAAGAGAUCCCGUUUCUUUCUCUCUCUCUCUCUCUUCUCUCCGUCAUGAUACCGUGUGCAUAGAUGAGCGAUUAGCCAUUUAUUAUUAAACGUUGUUCGUACCUUUAAUUGUUUUGACCGAGAAAUGUACACACCCCAGGGAAUGAAAUAACCUCAUGACCCCAAAAUUUUAUCUAAUUUUUUUUUUCUUCUUCUUUCAGUUUGAAAAUACACUCACGGAAAUCGUCAA